AUGGCUCCUCUUCAGCACACCAACGGUAGCAACGGUUUCUCAAAUGGCGUCAAUGGCACCCGCCAGAACUUCUUCGAGGACUUUGGCGUCUGGAAAGAAGCCCCAGUAUUGACAGGCACGACGAAAUUCGAGCCUCUGCCAGAUGUGAAGAACAUCAUGAUUACUGGGGGAGCCGGUUUUAUUGCGUGCUGGCUUGUCCGACACCUGACGUUGACGUACCCCCAUGCGUACAACAUCGUUUCUUUUGACAAACUGGACUACUGUUCGUCGCUGAACAACACCCGCAUGUUGAACGACAAGCGGAAUUUCACGUUUUACCAAGGCGACAUCACCAACCCCACAGAGGUGGUGGACUGCCUCGAGCGGUACAACAUUGACACAGUCUUCCACUUCGCGGCGCAGUCUCACGUUGACCUGAGCUUCGGUAACUCGUACGGUUUCACGCACACCAACGUGUACGGAACCCACGUGCUCCUGGAAAGCGCCAAGAAAGUGAACAUCAAGCGCUUUAUCCACAUCUCGACGGACGAGGUGUACGGUGAGGUCAAGGAUGACGAUGAUGACCUUCUCGAGACCAGCAUCUUGGCCCCCACCAACCCAUACGCAGCGUCCAAGGCCGCCGCAGAAAUGCUGGUGCACUCGUACCAGAAGAGCUUUAAGCUCCCCGUCAUCAUCGUCCGCAGCAACAAUGUGUACGGUCCACACCAAUACCCCGAGAAAAUCAUUCCCAAGUUCACCUGCCUCCUCAACCGGGGCCAGCCAGUCGUGCUCCACGGCGACGGUACACCAACAAGGCGGUACCUUUUCGCAGGAGAUGCAGCGGACGCUUUCGACACCAUCCUGCACAAGGGCCAACUCGGCCAAAUCUACAAUGUCGGGUCCUACGACGAGGUUGCCAACCGGGACCUCUGCUGCAAGCUGCUGCAGCAGUUCGGCAUCCCAUACGAGACGCCGGAGGACGUGCAAAAGUGGGUCAAGUACACCCACGACCGGCCGUUCAACGACCACCGGUACGCGGUCGAUGGCACCAAGCUGAGGCAGCUGGGUUGGGACCAGAAGACGUCGUUUGCCGACGGGCUCAGGAUCACGGUGGCGUGGUACAGGCAGUUUGGCGAGCACUGGUGGGGCGACAUCUCCAAGGUGCUGUCGCCGUUCCCAGUCGUCAAGAACAAGGAGGUCCUCAGCGACAAGGAGGAGGUCACGGAUAUGCCGCAGCCGAAGCAGAAGGUGGCUGGUGCCUCCAACGGCAACGGCUCUGCGAAGGAGUACUUCCAUGUAGCAUCAUGA